ACUUUCCUCGCGCUGUCAGAGCAUAAGGAAAGUACUGCCGAGAACCGGCAGUUGUCAGAGCAGGGAUCGGCACCGAUGAUCAGUGCCCUGAUGAUCGGUGCCCAGCAGUGCACCCACCUGUGUCACCCAGCAGUGCACCCACCUGUGUCACCCAGCAGUGCCACACACCUGUGCCCAUCAGUGCAGCCCAGCAGUGCUGCCAGUCAUUAAUGCCUAGUAGUGCCGCCAGUCAGUGCCCAGCAGUGAUGCCAGUCAGUGCCGCCUAUCCAUGCCACCUCAUUAGUGCUGCCUAUCAGUGCUGCCUCA